AUGGCUGGUAAAAAAAAGGGACCAACUAAAACAGUAGCCAAGAACACGACAAAAACUGUUAUUGAACCUGCUGAUGUUCCUAAUAUUACAAUAAAAGAAGAACCAAAGGAAGUAAAUGGUUUAACUGGUAUAGAUGAACUUCCAGAACCAGACGUAAUAUCAAAAACCAAUGGUAAAACAAAAAAAGGGAAAGGCCAGAAAAAUAAUGUUGAAGUUGAAGUUUCUGAUGAUAAACUGGUUAAAGUAAAAUCAAAACAAAAUAAUCAAUCAAAUGGUGAUGAGAAAAAACCAUCUACAAGCACCAAUCCAAAAAAAAUUGUUGCAACUAAUGGCAACGCUCGCACUAAACGUAAACAAGAAUCUGAAAACCAGCCACAGCCUACAAGUUCAAAAAGAUCGAAAAGGAAAUCGCUUGAAGAACAAGCAACUGAAGUUAAGAGAAUAAAGACUGAAAAAAUAUCAGAUAAAAUUGCUGUUGAUAACCGAAUUGAAACAUCUGGUAUUAUGAUGAUCAAAGGACGAGAUAUAGUGAUAGCCGGAUUAUUUGGUUUAGGCCCUGACCGCGAACAGCUUACAAAUCUUACUGAAUUGAAGAAUUACAAAUUCAAACUUAUUGCCGCUGGAAGUAUGCAUGUUUUAGGUGUUACUGAAGAUGGAAAACUCAUGUCAUGGGGAUGUAAUGAUGAAGGUGCAUUGGGCCGAGAUACUUCAGUGGAAGACAGUGAAACUAGACCCGGAAUUGUACAGAUUCCUGAGGAAGAAGGUGCAGAAAUAUAUAGUAUAUCUGCUGGAGGUUCUCAUUCUGCAAUACUUCUUAGUAAUGGAAAUGUGUAUAGUUGGGGCACAUUUAGAGACAAAAAUGGUGACAUGGGAUUCCAGCCAAGCGGAGAAAAACAAUUGAAGCCUAAAUUAAUCAUGAGCCAUGUAAAGAAAAUUUCAUCUGGUAUAAAUCAUCUAGUCAUGUUGUCUAAAAACAAAGUGUACACUAUGGGAUGUGGAGAUGAAGGCCAGCUCGGUAGAAUAUGCCAGAGGCAUUCCAAUAGAGAUUCACGCGUUGGCAAGAAACUACUGUUGAAUCCUCAACUGUUAAAUUUACGUAAAAAAGUUGAUGAUAUCUGGGCUAACUAUGACACGACAUUUUUACGUUUAUCAGACUCUUCUAUUUACUCUUUUGGUCUGAAUGCUCAUGGCCAAUUAGGUGUUGAAAAUGAUGAUAAAUGUGUGUACUUUCCACAAAUAUCUGAAUCAUUAAGUCGUCUCAAAAUUAAAUCUAUAUCAGCUGGAACACAGCAUGUUACUUUACUAGAUGAACAAGGUGCCGUGUAUGUAUUGGGUGAUUAUAAGGAUGGCCGUUUGGGUAUGGAUAUAGCAGAAAACCAAAAAGUUCCCAAAGUGUUAUCGUCAUUACCACAGAUUAAACUUGCAACUUGUGGUUCGGAUAACAGUUUCGUAGUCACUGAGAAUAAUAAAUUGAUGGCUUGGGGUAUCGGUUUUGAAGAAAAGGAUUAUUCUGAUGUUAUUUAUUAUAUACCAACAGAUAUCGAUACAGCCAAUAAAAUAGAACAGAAGACAAUAGUUCAGGCAACUUCUUCAGAUUCGGCUGUAUUUUUGUUAUUACAAGAUUAA